AUGUGGCACCUCAAACUUUGUGCAGUCCUCAUGAUCUUCCUCUUGCUGUUGGGCCAGACAGAUGGCUCCCCAAUACCAGAAGUGAGUUCAGCAAAGAGAAGGCCACGGAGAAUGACCCCAUUUUGGAGAGGGGUUUCCCUCAGGCCCAUUGGAGCCUCCUGCCGGGAUGAUUCUGAGUGUAUCACAAGGCUAUGCAGAAAAAGACGCUGUUCCUUAAGUGUGGCCCAGGAAUGA